CUUUGCUGGCUCACUGCUCCCUCGGGGGGAUUUUAUAUUGUUUAUAUCCGUUUUUGUAAACAUUUAAUAUCGUGUUUCCUCGGCACUUUUAAUACUUUAAUACACUGAUUUUGACAUUUUUCUUAUAACGAAGCCUAGGCAAGGAUUGGCUGUAGCUUGCCAGUUUGAAAACACUGGAUUUUUUGUCUUCUUCUUCCCUCUCUUCUUUCAACGAAGGCUGCAGAUAAAUCAGCGAAGACACUUGACUGAGAUAAUAUCGCGACGUCUUUGAAUUACCACGCGGCGUAAUAAGAACCGGUGUCAUUCAAAAACGACCUGUCGGUGCUGCUUUUCGGCGAAGCCAAACGCGAACCUAAAGGGAGCCUCGCUGACGUCAACAGCAGCCAGCCUCGGUGCAGAAUGACGGCUGUUCAGCUCAUAAAUGUCGAGCGGUUGCUGGAAGCUGCGGAGUAUCUAGAGAGGAGAGAUAGAGAGUGUGAACACGGAUAUGCUACGACGAUUCCAUCAAGUCCGAACACAGACUACCAGAGGCAAAGGAAAUUCCGAAAUAAGAAGUUUAGCAGUAACCACAAUCGGUCCACACACAAUGAGCUGGAGAAGAAUAGACGAGCUCACCUGCGGCUGUGCCUGGAGAGGUUGAAGUCCCUCAUUCCUCUGGGGCCCGACUGCAACCGCCACACCACCCUGGGCCUGCUCGACAAAGCCAAAUCACACAUAAAGAAACUUGAAGAGGCCGACAGGAAGAGCCUCUACCAGCUGGAGUCUCUGGAGCGGGAGCAGAGGCACCUCCACCGCCAGCUGGAGCUGCUGAGGGGCGGCGGCUCCGCGGCCCAGAGCAGCCCGGGGGACGGGGAGCGGAUACGCAUGGACAGCGUGGGCUCCACCCUCUGCUCCGACUCUGACCAAGAGGAGAUCGAGGUGGACGUGGAAAGCACGGAGUUCUCCCAUGGAGAGCUGGACAGUGUGAGCACAGCCAGCACCAGCGACCUGGACGACCACAGCAGCCUGCAGAGCAUGGGCAGCGACGAGGGCUACUCCUCCUGCAGUGUCAAACUUGCCUUCUCCUCCUAAAGCCCCCACACCACCACCACCACCACCACCUCCUCCUCCAUGCCAAACUUCGCCUGCCCCCCUCCUCUCCGUUUGGUCCAUCCAGCCAUGCCUACACACACACACACACACACUCACACACAGCCACCGAUGACGAUAGCAGCUCCCUCCGAACCAACGCCGACAGCAGGGACCCAAACGGUGAUGUCAAACUGCCGAUUGAUCUUUUUAAUCUUCUUUUAAAGGGAGAUCAGAGACUUGGUGGAUAUGAGGAAGGAGAAGAAAAAAAACACAUCGUCUUGAUUUUAAAACCCCCAACGCAAAUUGAAAUGAUACAUUUUCCCUUCACAAAUGCACUUACAUCGAUAUGAUAUUGAAAUAUUUCCGAGUUUCUGUUUUCGGUUCUCUCUCCUGUGGUGUGUGUGUGUGGGGGGUGAGGGGGGGAGGGGGGGUGAGAGUGAAUUACCCCCCCCCCCUCCCUCCCCCUCGUCUUAUUAUUUUUUCAUUGGCUCUGCUCGACAAGGCGGGAGCUCGGACUCUCAUCACGGUGCUAUUGUGACCAAUGGGGGAGGCAGCUGAGACCCACCACCACUACGCUUCUAAAGCGAAACAAAGUGUGUCUGCGCCAAAUUUUUUUUGUUUUCCGACCGAGCGCGGAGGGAAAAAAAACGACCAAAACAAAUUGAGAAGAACAACAACAACAACAUUCCUGUCAAAUGUGGGUGCUUUUCAAAGAGUAGAAAUUGUAACUUGUGUGUGUUUUUUUGGUUUCUCGCUCCUCGACAAGCAGCUCCGACAAGCUGUCCUGCACUUGCCUACUUUCGAGCUGUCCGUAGAAAAAUGGCACAAACCGAGACAAAUAACAGCAGCAACGAUGAAAACGUCCAAACAACAACAAACUUUUGGAAUAGAUGUCCAUCCUCUUUCCAGCAGUAACAAGCAAUAACACUUGAAGUCCUUUUUUGUCUCUUUACUUUAAACAUAAUUACAUUUUUUGUCCUCUCCUCUUCUCCCCUAAAGACUGUGUGACCGUCCAAAAAGCUGAUUUCUUUUUUUGUUUUGUACAUACAAAUAGUUUAAUGAAUUAAACCUUAUAAAGGAGUAAACAACAACUAAAAAUGUUAGAACCUAUGGAUAGAACUAUUGCCUCUGUUGCUGUUUGACCUGUGUUUAUUGUGCAUUUAAAAUUCUAUUUUUGAAAAGAUUUUAUCCUCUUCGGCGCGGCAGUGGAUGAGGGAAUGGACACUAUGAGUUUGUUCAGUUUGCAGGUGGAAACUUUUAGAAGUUAUUAAUCCUGUUGCUGCCCUGAGAAGGAAAAGAAAAAGUUACUCUUUAAGGUUUUUUUAAAUGUAAAAAACGCCCUGACGUAGCAACUUCCCAUCCAGUUGCGGGAAAAUCGACCCAGUUUGACUUGUGAUGGGGAAUGCUGAGUUAGUGUGGCACUCUUUUUUUAAUUUAUUUGACUUUUUUAUUCUCUCUUGUUUAUAAUAUCCAUGAACUGGAUGGGGGGGUGGGGGCAUUCCCACUGUCGGUCAGGUGAUCUGUGGAGGAACGUGCGGGGGAGAAGAAAACGGGUUACAUGAUGUCAAUGUUCGCCAUCCCAACUCCACUGGCAUUAAGAAUUGCACUUCAGCCACAGCUCUCUGUAUUGUUUGUUUUCCACUGUCUUUCUCUCUCAUGGAUCUCACGAGAAUCCUUUUGUAUGUGAAAGAAGAAGAAGAAGAAGAAAAAAAAACACCUCCCUUUUUAAAUAUUUAUUUCUCAAUCCCUCAAAGAACACAAGCAAUGGGGAAAAAAAGAAGUUAACUUAUUUUUGUUUCUGUCUUAUUUUACUCCAAUUUUUGAUGCGUAUAUAUAUAUUUAUAUAUACAUACAUAUAUAUAUUCAAUUAAAUGGACACUUGAAAUGUAAUCGGCCCCUAAGCUGCUCCCAGUGCUGAGCCUCGCCUGUCGCGUGGUCCGGAGCUGACUCCACCCGGCCAUGGUACCAGACCUCAAAGCAACCGGAUCAACAACAUGGCGCCCAUACCAAGCCUUCUGAUAAGAAGGGGGGCAGCAUUGGCCAUCUUGUUGGUGUUUUAUCCUGCUAGGUUGUGUUUGGGUCUGUCCUGAAAGGGGGUCAUCUCUGCACCAGACGAAUUGAUGGCCAAGACUUUACUGGCAACUAUUGAGCCGGCUACUCCACCGUAAAAAGGGUCUAAAGCUCCACUUUCCUCUGUGCGGGGGGGGGGGAUUGUAGUCUCUAUUAGACUUGUGUUUUUAGUUGACAAAAUGUGUCUUACAUAUACAAUUCAAUGUCUCCGACUGAGGAUUUAAAGAAAAAAAUAAACACACAAAAAAAAAAGAACAAAUCCUUUUGGUUUCUCUAAAGUCGAAAGGACAUCUUGUUAAAGGUGUAGAGUUUGAGCUGUGUUGAGGUUGUUGACUUGGCACUGAAUCAGAAAGUCACCGCUUCUGGUGCUUUAUUAAAUAUAUAUAUAUAUAUAUAUAUAUCUAAAAUAAAAAAAGAAGCCAAAACCGCCUCAGAACACCUCAGUGUCCUCUUUGUCUCCUUCUCUCUUUCUCUUGAUCUCUCUUGAUCUCUCUCUCUCUCUCUCUCUCUCUCUCUUGAUCUCUCUCUCUUGAUAUCUCCUUCUCUCUCUUGAUCUCUCCCUCUCUCUCUUGAUCUCUCUCUCUCUCUCUCUCUAUCUCUGCGAGGGACAGUUUACAUGUAUUCUUGCCCCCGUUUUAAGUUACUAACCUUCAACUCUUUGUUUUGUUUUUUUGCUCCUCAUACGUUGGUUUUCUGAACCCUCCCUGCCGCUGACAGGAAAACAAAAGGUCCCCGUGUUUGACGACACAUUCAUUCCCCUCCUCUCGCGGACCAGAUGGCGUCCUCGUGGUGUUUUAACCUGCUCGGAGUCAAAUAUAUUUGUACUGCAUCGGUGACGAUAACGACGUGUGCCGGUCGUCGUUGUGCAUCGAUGAGAAUGUGUGAAAAGUGUCUGGCGCUCAUUGUGUCGUCUCGUGCGGCCCACUAACCGGAUCUGGUAUUCCCAGAUGGGAUGAAUCCAACAAUAACAACUGAUUUGACUGAAGCCAGGUCUGUCAUGUGAGUGUACAGUGUGUGAGUGAGUGAGUGUGUGUGAGUGUGUGUGUGCUCAAUGUUCUUACCAAGGCUGAGCUUUUUCGAGAGGCGCCUGGUCCAUGACGAGUCUGCACUGAUCUCAGUUGGGCCGAUUCCCACCUGCUACUCGGUAAACAUCCGACUUCUGGACAGCAUUUGUCAUGAAAAGACAAAUAUGUAUCCGGCGUCCGGUGCAAUCACUCAGAGCGAACGCUCCGUCACAAAAAUGUGCAGCUAUGAUUUUUGCACUGAAAGCUAACUUGAGCUUGAAUGCCGGCUGGUCCCCCCCCCCCCCCCCCCUCCCGUUAGCUGGGGGUGUCUGACUAAAGAGUUUCUGGCACUGCUGAAGAUUUUGUUGCUUUAUCGCAAGAUGGCAUAUCUUCACGAAGCUACGUCUUUUUCUCCGUGUUUUUCGGGUUGCGGUGUCUUUUGUAGGCCACACAACACUCUGGCGUCGGCGUCGAGCUAACGGGUCGGCGUUGAGCUAACGGGGGUCCACGAGGUUUGAACCUAGCGAGCAGCCGCCGCCCCGUAGGGUUGAUCGUCCUGUUGUUCUGAACCUGUGGCCCUCCUUUGUAAAACAUGCAGUCUGAUGAUGAUGAUGAUGUGAUGAUGAUGAUUCUAGCCGCGUAAGUUGAGGAUGCAAUACUUCAAUUAAAAACACCAAGAUUUUCAAACCUGAAUGACUCCACCGGCCUCUUCGUACCACGCAGUGUGCGUUCAUGCCGUCAAGCAACGAUUCCUGCAGCAACACGUGCUUUAUUAAAACUAUUUUAAUGUGG